UGGCUCUAUCAAGGAUACCUGGGCUGGGAAAUCUGUCUUGCCUUAGGAACUUGAGCUAUUUUACAGUUGUAAGAAAGAGUGGGGUAUUUCAAGAGCUGAAUGGCAUGAAUCAGCUCAGAGGAACACUGCGUAUCAGAUCUAUUGGUAUUGUGAAGAGCAAGGAGGAGGCUGCUGAGGCUAGACUUGCUGACAAGAAAUAUCUCAAGGAAUUAGAUCUACAGUGGCGAGGUUGUAACGAAAUUCUGAAACCAAUACCCUGUGAGAAUGAAGUGAUCGAUGGCAUGUUCCCUCAUGAGACAAUUCAACACCUUAAGGUCGAUGGCUUUGCGGGUGAUAGGUUACCAAACUGGUUAAAUCCAAAAGACCUACAAAAUUUAAGAAGCCUGCAGCUUUCAGAUUGUUUGUACUUUGAGACUUUGUCAAAUCCCUACUUUGCUAGUGGUACACAAGGUGAUUCAACGGGUCAGCAUGCAAGCAGUAGUACCAAUUGCAGCAACGGUAUUGCAUUCAUUGCCUUUACACGUCUCACUUCUGUGAUUCUUUCCGGUUGCUAUAGACUGAAGAAUCUUGAUCAGUUCUUGUCCCCGAAGAACCUGCCAUCUCUCGAGUCAAUAUCGCUUGAUGAAUGUUACGGUCUGGAAUCAAUACCUGCCGAAAACUUUGUGAGAUUUGGUCACCUCCGGGACCUGAGAAUUACAUAUUGUACAAGUUUGGUGUGCUCACGGCCAUCAGAGGAAAUAAUGGUUUUACCCCCUUCACUCCGACGGCUCUGUAUUGUGUCAUGUGGUGAGCUCGACAGAUCAUUUCCAUCCUGCCUACAGAAUCUCACCUCUCUCACUGUACUGUGCUUGAUUGAAUGUGACAACGUCGAGUCGAUCCCGUUGGACUCGAUCCCUUGCAUAAACACGCUCAGAUUCCUGGCUCUCGAAAUAUGCAAGGAGUUAUCGUCGAUUGGUGGAUCGAGGGUUCCUUCAUCCGUAGUCUAUAGCUACGUAUCAGACUGUCCUAAGCUAAGCUAUGGCACCGGUGUCUGGGGGAGGUGGGCACGAAACGAAGAAGAGAAGGAAAUCAGACAAUGGGCCGGGAUGGGUAGCUGUAUAUGAAAUGUGUAUAUGGCUGAGUACAUAGAGUAUAUUGUAAUUUUUAAAGUUUAAUUAUUGGAACAUACAGCGGAGCUGAAGGUUUCAGAACGCUAUAUGUGUAAUUCCGGCGUGGGAGAAGGGAGAAUUCUGUAUUGAAGCUAGUGUACAGUAUACUGUAUUUGUAGGGUGUCACUUCAGAGUGGUAAUCACAUGCCGAUUUCUUAACUGAAAUAUUUUUUUUGACAAAGCUUUUCUACAGUA